AAUACAGCGUAUACCGAUUAAUUUGUCGGUGUAUUUCAACGAACACGCAUUUAGUCGGCGACCGGUCCCCGGUGCGGUAUCACGUCCCGUUACCGGCACCCGAACACAUUUCACUGUGACAAAAAAAACAAAAAUAGUGCUUUGACAAUCGACUACAGUGACAGUUUUCGACCAAGCAUCAAGACUAUUCGAUGGAAAUCGGUAUAAGAAUCGAUAUAACAUCGUUAUUCGUAUAAAUAGCAGUCAACAAAUAUUAUAAGAAUACGAGCAUUGACCAACUGAAAACAACACAUCAAGAUGUCUUUAAGACGCGUGAUAAAAGUGAAAAGAGUCCUCGAAUGUGCCAGCAAUGGCACCAAGCUGGUAAAAAGGAGCAGCAGUAUGUGGACAAAAGAUAAAAUCAUAAAGACUCCAUACAACAACAUCGAAAUACCUAAUGCGACUCUAUACGAUUACCUUUGGCAGAACCUCGAGAAAUGGCCUGAAAAGACAUUGGCGGUAUGCUCCGAAACCGGUCGAGGCUACACCUACGAGCAAGCCUUCAACCUGUCCAAUGCUUUUGCCGCGAACCUCCGCCUCAAGUUAAAGAUCAGAGAUGGCGACACUGUGUCAGUCAUGCUGCCGAAUGUGCCUGACUACCCGCUUGUUGCCAUGGGCAUUCUGGGGGCUGGUGGCGUCAUAUCUACUAUCAACCCUAUUUAUACUGCACAUGAGGUGCAACGCCAACUGGUGCUAUCCAAAGCCAAAGUGGUCGUGACGAUGCCAGAAAUCCUAGGCGUAGUCAAGGAAGCACUAAAAAUAGCGAAAUUGGACACCCCUGUCAUUGUAAUCAAGACAAAUGGGGACCCCACUCCGGAGGGGACUUUGUGCUUCAACGAGCUGAGUGAAGAUGUCCACGUGGAUAAGUCCUGCUUAAAAGAUGUCAGAAGAACGCCAAAAGAUAUCGCCUUCUUACCUUACUCCAGCGGCACCACAGGAAUGCCGAAAGGCGUGGAACUAACGCAUAGAAACUUAAUAGCUAACUUUGAACAAAUGAAUGACCCGCAUAUUAGGAAUUACAGCGAUACUACAGCAACCCACCAAGAUUCCAUAAUGGCUCUGCUGCCUUUUUUCCACAUUUAUGGCGCUUCAGCUAUUAUGUUCCACAAGAUGUCCGUUGGCGCCAAGCUUGUGACGGUGGCCAAAUUCCAACCGGAGAAGUAUCUUCAGGCCUUGGAGAAGUUCAAGAUUGACGUGCUGUACCUUGCCCCUCCGAUUUGUUUACUAAUGGGAGCGCACCCAGCGGGCACCUCACAAACGUACCAGUACUUGAAGUCGGUGAUCAAUGGUGCGGCGCCACUGGCGGAGUCCGAUGUUAAGCGGUUCCUAUCCAAAGUCAAGCAAGAGUUCGACUUUCGCCAAGCCUACGGUUUGACGGAAACCUCCCCUCUUGCGUUGAUGCCUCCGAGAGGCGUAAAUAACUAUUCAAUUGUAGGAUACCCAGUCUCCAACACAGAAGCUAAGGUCGUUGACGAUAACCUGAACAGCUUGGGACCGAAUGAGACAGGAGAGCUCCUAAUCAGAGGCCCUCAAGUGAUGGUUGGGUAUAUGGAAAACCCGCAAGCCAAUCGCGAAGUGUUCACCCCAGACGGCUGGUUCCGAACUGGUGAUCUGGUGGUUACUGAUGAACUGGGACAAGUCACCAUCACUGACAGACUGAAGGAACUGAUAAAGGUUAAGGGUUUCCAAGUACCUCCAGCAGAAUUGGAGGCGGUCUUGCGUGACCACCCCGCCGUCAACGAUGCGGCUGUCAUCGGAAUCCCACACCCAAUCAAGGGCGAAGCACCCAAGGGCUUCGUGGUGCUCAAUAGCGGUCAAAAAGCCGACCCUGAGGAUAUCAAGGCAUUCGUCAAAGAAAGGGUAGCGCCGUUCAAGAAGAUAGACGAAAUUGUAUUCAUAAACAGCAUUCCCAAAAGUGCAUCGGGGAAAAUCCUUAGGAAAGACUUGAAGGCUCAGUAUAUAUUCAGUGAGUGUAAAACAUUAUCAACAACGCCACAUUCACUUCUAAACAUUACGAUAGCUAUGUCGUGUUUCACAGUGCGAUCCAAAUAUUUAUUCGAUAAGUUCAAAACAAUAUCAAGUAUUAAAUUAAGAUACAGUCAUGUUUGGACAAGUGAAAAUGUUGUACAAUCUCCGUAUAAAGAUGUGGUGAUACCAGAAACGACUAUAGUGGAUUAUGUUUGGAGGAAUUUAGACAAAUGGCCAACCAAGACCGCAGCGGUCUGUGCUUUGGCCAACCGAGGGUACACCUAUGAACAAAUGUAUAAGUUGACCCAGAAAUUUGGUGCCAAUCUUCGAAAGAAGUUCAACAUUGAUGAUGGAGAUACAGUAGCCCUUAUAUCGCCAAAUAGUCCUGAGUAUCCUAUAGUAACUUAUGGUGUUUUAGCUGCUGGAGGAAUUGUUACAACUUUGAACCCUGUGUACACGCCAUAUGAAAUCCAGAGACAAAUUGAACUAUCAGACGUGAAACUUGUAGUAGCUGAUGCAGAUUUAGUGUCUUCUGUAAAAGAAGCCUUAAGAUUAGCUAAAAUAGAUUUGAAAAUAAUCUCUAUUGAUAUCAACAAACCUUUACCUGAAGGCACAAUAUCCUAUAAAGAACUUGUUGAUGAUCAGUAUGUUGAUUUAAGCAUUUUGAAGGAAGUGAAUCGAAAACCGCACGAUGUUGCAUUUCUACCGUAUUCCAGUGGAACUACUGGACUACCUAAAGGAACAGAACUUACAAACAUGAACCUCGUAGCUAAUUGUGAACAGCAAAAUACUGAGCUGAGACAGCAUAGUCAUACUUCAGAAAGUUAUCAGGAUUCAUUAUUAGCUAUUUUACCAAUGUUUCACUCUUAUGGAUUGUCAUUAGUGAUGUUGCACAAGUUAUCAGUUGGAUUAAAAUUGGUCACUCUACCGAAAUUUCAGCCAGACACCUUUUUGAAGGCAAUGCUCCAAUAUCAAAUCAAUAUGUUAUUUUUAGCUCCUCCAAUGGUUCUCUUUCUUGGAUCAAAUGAAAUGGUGACGAAAAAGCAUUUUGAGAGCGUACACACAGUCACAUCAGGUGCUGCGCCUUUGCCGUCAACUGAUAUUGAAAAUUUAUUUAAAAAGGCGGAGCGUGAAAUCAACUUUUGCCAAGGAUACGGCAUGACAGAGGCAAGUCCACUAGUGACGCUGAAUACCAAAGGCAACAAAAAUUACGAUGCAGUGGGAUACGCCAUUCCUAAUGUGAAACUCAGAGUGGUAGAUGGGAAUAUGAAUAAUCUUGGCCCUGGUGAAACCGGGGAGCUCGUCAUAAAAGGACCUAACAUAAUGAAAGGGUACAAGAAUAACCCGGAAGCAAACAGCGAAGUGUUUUUGGAAGAUGGCUGGUUCAGGAGUGGAGACAUAGCAAAUAUUGACGAGACUGGAAUGGUCUACGUCACUGAUAGACUUAAAGAGCUUAUUAAGGUGAAAGGCUUCCAAGUCCCCCCAGCAGAGCUGGAAGCAGUUCUAAAGGAACACGCUUCAGUUCACGACGCUGCUGUAGUCGGUAUACCAGACCCUAAGACUGGUGAACGUCCUCUAGGCUUCAUCGUUCCUAAGUCAGGAGUAAACAUAAAGACUGAAGACGUCAUAGAAUUUGUAAGCAAAAGAGUGGCGCCUUACAAGAAAAUAAGAGAAAUUGUUGUUCUUGAUAGCAUACCAAAGAAUGCGUCUGGGAAAAUACUGAGAAGGGAGUUGAAAGAAAAAUACAGCUAAAGAAACGGAAUAGAAUUUAAUAUACAACUUACGUAAAGUAUAGAUGUAAUCUGAUGUGUAAAGAAUUGUUUGCAAUUAAGUGAAAUAAAUUAAAAGUUUUGUAUGACUGAAAA